ACAUUAAUGAUGUGAAAAAUAACAGCGCUGGUUUAAUUCGAUUCGGUUUUGGUUUGAAUUUUAAGUUAAAUGUUUGUUUUGUUGCUUGUUAUGUUAAAAUAUCGAGCUAAUAAUAACUGACAUGUGGUAAUUGAUCAGUCAUUGGAUUUUACACCAGCAUUGUUAUUUAAUAAGAAGAGUACAUGCCAACCGCCUUUUAAAAAAAUAAAAAAAUAAAAGUAAACGUUUGAAUCCUCCACAGCUUCUUAGCAGCAUGACAACCCUCACGAGACAGGAUCUGAAUUUUGGGCAAGUUGUCGCUGAUAUCCUGUGUGAGUUUUUGGAGGUGGCCAUUCACCUCAUACUCUAUGUCAGGGAGGUUUACCCGAGUGGGAUUUUCCAGAAGAGAAAGAAAUACAGCGUGCCUGUGCAGAUGUCCUGCCACCCUGAACUGAAUCAGUACAUCCAAGACACUCUCCACUGCAUUAAACCGCUGAUUGUGAAGAAUGAUGCUGAGAAAAUAGUCCUUGUCAUUAUGGACAAAGGGCAUCACCCAGUGGAGAGAUUUGUGUUUGAAAUGUCACAGCCUCCUCUGGUCUCUAUCAGCUCUGACACUUUGCUUUCUCAUGUGGAGCAGUUGCUGCGAGCAUUCAUCCUAAAGAUCAGUGUUUGUGAUGCCGUUCUAGACAACAACCCCCCUGGCUGUACAUUUACAGUACUGGUUCACACCAGAGAAGCUGCCACUCGCAACAUGGAAAAAAUUCAGGUCAUUAAGGAUUUCCCUUGGAUUGUUGCUGAUGAGCAGGAAGUGCACAUGCAGGAGCCCAGACUGAUCCCUCUAAAAACCAUGACCUCUGACAUUGUCAAAAUGCAGUUGUACGUUGAGGAAAGGGCUCAGAAGGCUUCUUAAACCUUUACCUUUUGCACUAUGAACGGCACUGAAUCUGCUUACAGUUUGACUUAGAGGAGGCAGAAACUGGCUUCUGCAAGUAACCCAGAGUUGGCAAGGAAAAUGCCUGCAGCUGCAUCAGCCUUUCAUCUGCCAGGAGCAGCUGCUACGGAGCAGAGACUAGAAGACUUGAAAAAUAUGAUUUUCAAAUGCUAAUUAUGGUGCUAAGAAACACCAUAUUUUUAAGGUGUAAAUACAGUACAUUGCAGUCCUAUAAGUGUAGUGCUAUAGCUUUAUCUGGGCUGGCACACAAUUUUUUUUUGCUGAGGUGCCUGCAAGAAAGCAGUCCUGUCUAUGCAUGGGAAUGCAGUGUUGAAU